UCUGGCCCAAGCCGCGGCGGUGGGUGGACGUGUUGCGUGUCUCUCCGCCGCCCCUCUCCGCCCCGCCCCGCCCCGCCCUUCACGCUAACAAGAUCUCCGUUCCGUUAUUCCCACCGGCAGUUACCGUGCAAACAGUGACCCGCAAACAAAACUCGCAUCCAAAUACCCAGCUGCUAGACAAGACGAUAAUACAAAAGUUACUUCAAGUUGCCGGGCAGAGGACAGCACGACACGGGACGAAGGAAAAUGGAAACAGUGAAAAGCGAGCGAAGUGACGGACGAGAGAGAAUAAAUGAAUAAAACAGAAGAAAAAAAAUACAUAAAUACAAAGAUGAUUGAAGGUAAAAAUAUAUAAUAUAUUCUUGUUAGCUACAUGUGUCACUCAAGCAGCGGAAGUCACCUCACUCACUGCACGCAAUUACUGUACAUUUUGCGUGCGCUAGGAUCUUUAAGUACAAAAGACACACUCCACUCAACAUAUCGCGUAAAUUUGCCUUAAAAAAAAAAAAAAAUCAACAGAACUAAGCCAAAAAAAAAAAAAAGAAGAAGAAGAAGCAAACCUCAACGUCUCCAUAUCACGGGUUCCAUAUCAAACACUAGGGUAAACAACACACGGCAAAGGACAGAGAGAAAACGUGCUGUACUUGUGUGGCACCCCCUAAGAGAAGAAACGUACAUUUUACACCGCCAUCAAGAGGAAUAGCGAGGGAGCAGCAGAGGCUAUUUAAAACAGCAGGAAGCACAGCAGAAAACGAAGCUAUCAAAGACAUUUCCAGCCGCUGUGUCCUGUUUCCUCUCUCUCUCUCUCUCUCUCUCUCUCUCUCUCUCUCUCUCUCUCUCUCUCUCUCUCUCUCUCUCUCUCUCUCUCUCUCUCUUUCGCUUCAUACAUGCAUGAUGGCCAGGCGUACCAACCCUUCACGUUAACCUGCCGAAACGAGGACGCUUACUGAGUCUUGUAAUCGAUAACAGACAGUCCGGGAAGAGGUCACCGCCGCAACGCAGAAGGAAGUGGGGAAACAGUAAGAUAAAAAAAAGAAAAAGAAAAAAAGAAAAAAAAAGGCUGGAAAGGAUGAAACAGUGAACACCAACGGAAUAAAAGGAGAGGGAAAAAUACGUGUAGUAAAGAAACAUUACUCCACCACACGGGCGAAAAAGAAACGUGAGAAAAGUAGUGAAAUGCGGAUGAAAGAGGUCUAGAAAUACGUGAAAUAGUGGAAAGAGAGAAAACAGAAGAGAAACAUGUGGAAAGGCAGAGAGGCAUGACAAUACCAAUCAGAAACAAAACAGUGGAUCAGGAAAACAAGAAAGGGACACUUAAGAUACAGAACACGUAACACAGGCACGAUAACAAACCGUAAUACACAAACACCACGGAGAUAUAACAGAGCGGAGAGAGGGACAGAAAGAAAGAGAGAGAGAGAGAGAGAGAAAGGGAACACUGUAAAAGCUCAACACGACUCGGCAAGAUGGACCUGUGGGUGUCAAAAGCAGCCGGUUGGAUUCAAGUUCUCCUGGUUGUGACGUGCGUUUUUCUACCACCUGUCCGGCCCCUCCCAGGUGAGCCGCUCAGAGGAAGGGAAGACAACGAGGCACUGACCAACUCUCCAGCAUAUCACAGCCACAACCACUACAACCACCGCCUCCUGCCGCAGCAACAUCACAACCACAACAUCAGCCGGUGCGUCAACGGCUACCUGCAGGAGGACUACACCUGCUCGUGUCACCCCUGCUGGGACGGCCUCACCUGUGACACGUACGUGGACAACUACGCGCCUCGCUUCCUCGUUCACGCCGCCACUGCUGUCCUGCCCACCAACGCCACAGGUGUGGUGUACAGGGCGUGGAGUACUGAUGAGGACCUGGGGCUCACCUGUCCGCUGGGCCCAGGUGAGUCAGCCCGCUGCCCCUGUGCUUCCGUGUCCUAUCAGCUGUUCGCGGCGCCAGGUGACCGACACUUCACCUUGGACCCAGUAUCCGGCAUCCUAUCGCGGAGUAACGACACGCACCUGAGGCCGGGCGAGUCCUACACCUACAAGCUAAUGGUGCAAGGCACCUCGAUGGCCGGGCAGAGGCAGCCGCUCCUCUACGAUCUGCUUGACCUGCGAAUCUACGUCAGUUCCGAUUACGUCAAAAAAAUACCGUGGACCUAGUGAAGCCCCGCCCACCCCGCCCACGCCCCCCGCCCACCGCUCUACACACGCUGGGAGAACCGUCGUGGGGAACCAGAUGCAGCCUCCACUACCACCCUCACCUCUUAGAUACCCCACCCCCAUCAACCCACCCACCUACCGCGGCGCCCCUCCCAACCGCUACCCACCACCAGGAGCCCCGGCAACCCACCCAGCCCUAGCCCCACCCACUAGUAGUUCUUUCCCUGCAGUGUACAGUCUCAAAAAAUAAAAAAGUAUCAACAAAAAGUCUACAGUAGAGAUUGAAGGUGUUAAGGUAGAGGAACUGUGCUCCUAGGUACGUACAUAGGUCGUGUGUUUUCUAAAGUAUUUUUUCAACAAGGCGCAUAUAUUUUCGCUUGCAAAAAGUUCCGAGCGUCGUGAGUGGGAGUGUGAGGAACGGGUGUGAGGAAGGGAUGAGUUAGGAAAGCAGGAUAGCCUCGAGGACACGGCGGCGGCGGAGGAGGAGGAGGAGGAGGAGGAGGAGGAGGAGGAGGAGGAGGAGGAGGGGCGGUGAGGUGAAGCAGGCGGAAAGUAGGCAGGGAGAUUAAUGAGGAGAGAAGAGGAAGUUGAGAAGAUGAGGAUUAAGGCGAGGAAGAGAGAUAGUGGAUUGCGAGAGAGAGAUUUGUUCUCGCCGAAAAGCAGAGAGAUGAAAAGGAGGAGGAGGAGGAGGAGGAGGAGGAGGAGGAGGAGGAGGAGGAGGAGGUAUUCGGCGGUAACGAAGGGAUAAGAAAAGACGUGUGGCGCGAGAGCGAGAGCGAGAGAGAGAGAGAGAGAGAGAGAGAGAGAGAGAGAGAGAGAGAGAGAGAGAGAGAGAGAGAGAGAGAGAGAGAGAGAGAGAGAAA